AUGAGUCCUGUUAUCAGCUUGACUAGAAGGAUCGCCGGCGACAAUGCCUCGAGCCACGCGGGCGACCCACCCGUGGCCAUCAGUGACAAAACCAGGGACCGCUGCAUUGUGGCAACCCCCCGGGAUUGCCCGGGCAUGCGGGCACCAAAUGCAACCGGGCGCUUGGGGUUUUUCUUUCCUCCGUGGGAAAUCCCCUUCGCUAUCUUUCCGAUCCGUGCCCCCCCGCCAUGCGUGUGUCUGUAUGUGUUUACCCGGCCCUCAACGCCCGUUCCCGCAACCUCCCUGGCGUUUCGGUGCCCCACAGUAGAUGGCGAGGCGGCCACAACGACCGAGGAGCCGCCCCCAGCGGAAGAUGCGCCACUACCGCUGACAAGUGCAAAGGCGUCAUUACAGCCAGGGAUUCCGCUGAAGUCACCGACACAAAAGCUUCCGCCCUCUCCUGCGUUGAUGUUAAAACAGGAACUGAAGCCUUCAAACCCCGCGCCUCCGGUUGCGAAGGCGCCCAGGGGCCCCAAAGCCGUGCGAACCAAGCCCCCCCCCGCCCCCAGUCCUCCAGAAGUUCCAGUACCGCCCGAGCUGGAGUUGUAUGACUCGUCCUCCCUCAAUGUGGAGAUGGACUGGAGCGUGUUGCCAACUUACAAACGCGCGACGGAGUUCUUGGCGAAUGUGGCUGCCAGUAGCGGCAGGCGCGUCCUUGGCAGAGACCUGUGGCUCAUCACGGCUGGUAGUCCCGAGUCCGCCCUCUUCCCGGACCCCUCCAACCCGGAGGUGCCGUUCCCGAAACCGAAAGUUGCGCUCAUUGGCAACAUGCAUGGAGAUGAGAAAGGAAAUUUCCAGAUUCUUCUGCAGUUCGUGAAGGAGAUCUGCCUUGACACCGUCAACAGCCGAGUGCAGUUGUACAUCAUCCCGACUAUGAACCCUGACGGAUACGUUGCUGCUACUCGGAGCAAUGCGAACGGCAUCGACCUCAAUCGCAACUGUUACUCCAGUGACUUUCCGUACGCCCGUCCAAUGCCGACAGAGGCCCUGAAGGGCUCGUACUACGAGGCGGCGUAUUUCUUGCUCAACGGGGGGGCUUCUAUGGAGCCUGAGACACGAGUACGGGGGGGGGGAAUUAUAGCUAUUGCGAUGGGGAAAACAAACAUGGCAAGGUCCAGGGAGCAAUUUUUCAUCGCAAUUCAUGUCGGCAUAUUCACUUUUGUUUCGUAUUUGCUUUUUCUGGGCAGUGAAAACGGGCGCCUUGUGGCCUCUCAUGAACACCUACAUGGCCAGGGUGUUAUUGCCAUCUUUACGCGCUGGUACACGGCCCUGGGCACCCUGGGAGACUGGAUGCACCACGCGGAGCGCCUUCACAUGGUGACAUUAGAGCUUCAUAACAGGAAAACGCCCACAGCCAGCGACCUGGCAACGCUGUACGGCCUUAACCGCGGGUCGUUAUUUCGGUUUGCGGAAGCUGCCCACUUGGGGCUGCGAGCUCGGCUGCUGGAUGCAAGGACGCGCGCGCCGCUCCGCGCCGACAUACUGAUGGACGAACCUGCGGGCAUCUGGCCACCUCAGGUCGAGGAUAACGGCUUCAUCUGGAAGAUUUGCGUCCCUGGCGCUCGUUACAGUGGGACGAUACAACCGUACGAUAUGUUCAAUUUGUCCAUACGUUAUGCACCCAUACGGUUCAGCUUCAAAGCCCCGUCGUCGUGGGAUGAUGUGAUUAAGGGAUCAGGCACAGAGAACUUAACGUUCGUGAGGGUCUUCCUAGCGCAACGCCUUUGA